CAUAAAAAUAAACGUAAACCAAACUUGUAUCUCGACUCGUAUUUAUAAAAUGUGAUAUAAUCUUUACCAAAUGUCGUUUUAAAUUCUCUGUAAUCAAAUAACUGUAUUUAAAAUAAAAUUAAACUAUUCAGUGUCACAUUGAAGGAAAUUGGGUGCCCCAAAAUGGGAAUAGACUUUGAUAUACUAGAGCAUUGCAAAAAAGUUCGCGCUGACCACGGGCCCCCUUAUACGUGUCCCGUAGAGAAGUGUGGAAGGACCUACAAGUCAGUCUGCGGACUACAAUACCAUCUUAAAAGUUUUGACCACGAUAAUCCAACUGCCAUACCACCAACAACCCCUACAACUCCAAAAAACAAGAAAGGAAGAAACAGGGUUACGAAAGCAAAGGUACCUCCGACACAAAAUGUCCCGGAGCCAUUAACUUUUGAGGAAGCUCAAAAAAUGGUGCAGUUUGAGGUGAAUGGUAUAGCUUGUAGAUGGAAUAUCACGGAACCAAUGGAAGUGGUGCCUAAAGAGGACUUUUCAGAUGAAGAAAUGCCUGAAGUAAAACCUGAACCACCCCCAGAUCCUGCUCUUCAAUUACCUGAAGCCAGUUUUAAAGAACUUGAAGAUUAUAAUAUUUGCGAUGCUCCACCCAGGCCAAAUGCGUACAUAAGGUUUAUAGAAAAAAGCACUGAGGAACUAGAUGGUGAGGUUGAAUAUGAUGUAGACGAGGAAGAUACAGCUUGGUUGGCACUGAUGAACGAGAAACGAGAAGCUACUGGUUUGCCCCCAGUCUCAGUGGAUUCUUUGGAGCUGUUAAUGGAUAGGCUCGAGAAGGAGUCAUAUUUUCAGGCUUCCGUGAACGGACAUACUGGUUCAGUUGUUGAUGACGAUGCAGUGUGCUGUAUUUGCAUGGAUGGCGAGUGUCAAAACACAAAUGUAAUUCUUUUUUGCGAUAUGUGCAACCUUGCCGUCCACCAGGAUUGCUACGGAGUGCCGUACAUACCUGAAGGGCAGUGGCUGUGUAGAAGAUGCUUGCAAUCGCCUAGUCGAGCAGUGGACUGCGUACUGUGUCCGAAUCAAGGGGGCGCUUUUAAACAAACAGAUCGAGGCACGUGGGCCCACGUCGUUUGCGCCCUUUGGAUACCUGAAGUCCGAUUCGCUAAUACUGUUUUUUUGGAACCCAUUGAUUCUAUUGAAACAAUACCUGCUGCACGGUGGAAACUCACCUGUUACGUCUGCAAACAAAGAGGGGUCGGCGCUUGUAUCCAGUGCCACAAAAGCAGUUGCUAUUCAGCGUUUCACGUCACCUGCGCCCAACAAGCUGGGUUAUAUAUGAAAAUGGACACGGUCAAAGACAGUGGCGAUUCACAACCUGUGCUGGUGCAGAAAAUCGCUUACUGUGACACUCACGCUCCCGCAGACAAUGACUCUAAAAAGGACGAUUCCCGAAAGAAAAUGAUCCAAGCGCGCAAAAUGUUGGCGAAGAAGCGCACCUCAGCCCCUGUCAUUCUAAUUCCGACGAUCCCUCCCGAACGAAUCCAAGAAAUCGGAUCUCUAGUAACCAUCACGAAGAAGUCGCAAUUCAUACAGAGGCUUAUCGCGUACUGGACAUUAAAACGUCAGUUUAGAAACGGCGUUCCACUUCUGCGUAGGCUACAGAGCGCUCAGGGUGGUCCUAGAGAUUCCAAUACCAGCAACGUGGAUACCAUCGAGCUUUGUCGGCAGUUGAAAUAUUGGCAGUGCCUGCGUCAAGACCUGGAGAGGGCGAGGUUGCUCUGCGAGUUGGUGCGGAAGAGGGAGAAAAUGAAACUGGAGUAUACGAAGGUCUCGGAAAAGUGUUUGAACAUUAAGCUCAAGCCUUUGGAAGCCAGUUUGAGGAACGUUUUGGAUUUAAUACAGGCCAAAGACACCAACGAAAUUUUCAGCGAGCCCGUCGAUUUGGAAGAGGUUCCGGAUUAUAGUUCAGUUGUCACCGAGCCCAUGGAUUUGAGCACGAUGAGGCAGAAACUCGAUGACGGGCUCUAUCCCGACUUGACGUCCAUGGAAAAAGAUUUCGACUUGAUGAUCGCCAAUUGCUUAGCAUACAAUAAUCGAGACACCGUCUUUUACAGAGCUGCGAUAAAAAUGAGGGACCAGUGCGGCGUCAUCUUCCGACAGGCUAAGAAAGAACUCGAAGCCGCAGGAUUAUUAAACAGUAACAAGGAAGUCGUCGCGCCCAAUUCCAGCUCUGUUAACGGAGAGGAAUCAAUGGCCUCGGAUAUCGACAGGGAGCUGGAAAGUUUACAGGGUAAAACUGGUCCGGACGUGGUGUCCAAACUGGAGGACCUGUUAAUAAAAAGCCAGGCAUUGAAGCAUGGUUUGGCGAGAGCGAAACGGGUGAAAUUGGUCCGAAGUGAGUUGAACAAGGCUAGGAAGAGUUUGCCGGCGCACACAGACACAGAUCACACUUCUCAGUCAGAUGGGGACGCCGAAAAUGACAGUGUCGAUAUAAAAAACAGUUCCUCCAAUUCCGGAAUAUCGCCAUCAGGGGUGAACAGAAGAACGGCCGUCCUCUUCACGAAAAAAGCCCAGGCCGCUUUGAAAAAGGAAGAUAAAGACAAGGAAGAGAAAGACGACUCAUCGGCAGCGUCACCUAUAAAGAAAAAGAAAGGCAAAUCCCGUCGUUCCGCGGAAUCCACCCCGAACAGGGAAUCCAAGGAACGCGACUCCGUCCCCGAUAGUUUCAAGGUAUACCGCGCAGGAAAUCAAACUACGGACGAAGAAAACAGCGACAGCGACAACAGUUUGUCGACCUGUUACUCGCAUUCUCUGUCGGAAAUAGACUCCGACGAAGACAGCGAGUGUUCGGACAGUACCGCCCUGUCGACGACGGAUCUAGUUGACGGAUCGACGGUCGAGAAGGAGCUGAAGCCUCUACAGCUGGUUUGGGCCAAAUGCAGGGGUUACCCGUGGUACCCGGCGCUAAUAAUCGAUCCUCAAAUUCCGAAAGGUUAUGUGCACAAGGGAGUUCCGAUACCUUCUCCGCCUCAAGAAGUGCUGGAUUUAUCCUCGAAUUAUACAGAUCAAGUGUAUUUGGUGCUUUUCUUUGACGCUAAACGGACUUGGCAAUGGUUGCCCGCAGAUAAGCUGGAAAUUCUCGGGUUGGAUUCGGAGAGAGACGAAGCAAAGGUAAAUGAACCUAGGAAACCAACAGACAGGAAGGCUGUUAAAAAGGCAUAUGAGAAUGCUCUGAACUACCAGUCCCAAAUUAAUAACCCAAAGGAAGACACCACAGUAUAGUAUUUGUUCAAGUUUUAAUUUUCAUUGCUUUAAAGUUUUUAGUUGAGCAGUAGUUAUUGUUUAGUUGGUUUUACUAAGAAAAACUAGUUUAGUUAUUAUGUACUCUAAAAGUUUUUUUUAUUACAAUUUUA